UUUCACUCUCCCUCCAUUUCAUUUCACAAAACGAAAACCCUAAUCUGAUUCUUCCUCUCUCUCUUCCGAUUCUUCCUCUCACCGUCGCAGGCGUCACCACCGUAAUCGCCGAGACCGCGACAAGGACUCCGUUCAGAACCGAAAAAAAACCAAGUCUCACUCCCACACCAAACGACGUCGCAAGCAUCAUCGCUAGUCUUCCGAUUCUGAUUCAUAUUCUUCAUCCCCCUCUCUGAUUACUCCAGGUAAAUGAUUCUUGGAUUCGUAUUUAUGUGUGACAACUUCAGACAUUUCAAGUUCCGUCUUUUUUGAGAAGAAAAGCCAACCCUAAAAAUGUUGUUUCCAUCAUACUGGGAGGAGGUUCUGGUGUUCAACUUUUUCCUCUUACCAAACGAGCUGCUACACCAGCUGUUCCUGUUGGUGGAUGCUACAGGCUUAUAGACAUUCCAAUGAGCAACUGCAUCAACAGCGGGAUCAACAAAGUAUUUGUAUUGACACAGUUCAACUCAGCAUCCCUUAACCGUCAUAUCUCUCGCACCUAUUUUGGAAAUGGCAUCAACUUUGGAGAUGGAUACGUAGAGGUACUUGAUGUUGAGUUUCACAACGUGAAAGCUUUGUAUAGACGAGCGCAGGCAUAUAUAGAGACGGGAGACUUUCUUUUAGCAGAUGUAGACAUCAAGAAAGCUCUUGAGGUGGAUCCACAAAACAGGGAGGUAAAGACGCUGAAAACAAAAGUGAAGCAACUUCAAGCUGAUAGUGACAAAAAAGAUGCCAAACUGUAUGAAAAUAUGUUCGCUCAUAAACCGAAGAGAUUGAAGGUUGAGAAAGAAGAGGAUGAAGUGGUGAAAACGGAAAUGGACAAUGUUGGUGACAGUGCAGCUCCUUCUAAUGAUGGUAGCUGCAUAUAAAAUUUCGGAUGAAAGUUUACAUGGUCACACAGAAGACAUUUAUACCAAUAUUGGUAUUUGAAAGAUUCCACUCUAGCCAAAAUAUGAGUCCUAGGCUAUAGAAUUUUGGCCAGAUGGGAGACUGAAAAUCCAUUGCGUCUUAGCUGUCUUUAAGAAUGUGCAAGACGGAUUCAGGUCCACCUUAACAUCGUGGACAACUACUAUCAUCUGUCAUAGUGCAUUUGUGUUGUUCUUCAUUUGUCAAAA